UCUGGGCCUGGCCAGCCCGGAUCCUCUUAUCCCACGAGAAGAACAUCAUGUCUUACAGGGACACAGCCCCUCCAUGUGACCUACUGUUCUGGGAACGCUGGUCGUACCAAGGACAGCCCCUUGGCAAGCCUGCAGCCUUUGUUCCUCUGCCUACUUAAGCAAGCUUCUCUUGGGGGCCGGUUGUGGGUGCACGCUUCCAUCCAUCCGGCUGCAGCUGGACACGCUCCUAGAGAGAAGAAUUCUGGGAGCAAGUGUGUGAUUUCCAUGCAUUCCGGGACCACCACCACUAUACAAGACCCUAAGAAUCCAGAGCAUGUGAAGACAUUUACUUUUGACCUGGCCUAUUGGUCUCACAGUGGAUUUCAAAUGGAUAAAGAUGGUGUGUUUAUUUCAGCUGAUCCUAGUGGUAAAUUUGCAGGCCAGAGAGAUGUCUUCCGUGAUCUUGGUGGGGGAAUUCUGGACAGUGCUUGGCAAGGCUAUAAUGCUACCCUCCUGGCCUAUGGCCAGACCGGCUCUGGAAAGAGCUAUUCCAUGAUUGGGUUUGGUGCAAACAAGGGUCUCAUUCCGAGUGUGUGUGAAGAGCUCUUUCAUGCAAUUGAGAACCGAGAGAGAAACCAAGAAUACCAGGUUACAUUCAGUAUGCUGGAAAUUUACAAUGAACAGGUAAGAGAUCUGCUGUCUAGAACCAAGAAACCUGGAGGCCUAAAAGUAAGAGAAGACCAGCAGCUGGGCUUUUAUGUGGAUGGUCUGAAGUCAGUGCCUUGUGAGAACUAUGCACAAAUCGAGAGGCUGAUGGAACAAGGAACGAGAAUAAGGACCACGGCUUCGACCAACAUGAACGCCAGCAGCAGCCGAUCGCACAUGGUCAUUACCAUUCAGUUCAAGCAGGUUUUCCUCGACAGAGAGCUCACCAAACAAUCCAGUAUUAAUCUGGUGGAUUUAGCAGGAAGUGAAAGGCAGAAAUCUUCAGGAUCCGAAGGAGACAGACUGAGGGAAGGAUCACGAGUUAACUUAAGUUUAACCAAUUUAGGAAAUGUUAUCAGUGCUCUGGCCGAUGCAGCCAUGGGGAAGAGAGUCUUGCACGUCCCCUACAGAGAUUCUGUUCUGACCAAGCUGCUGCAGUCCGCUCUGGGUGGGAACAGCAGGACCACUCUGAUAGCAGCUAUAAGUCCAGCUGACAUCUGCUAUGAGGAAACUUUAUCAACAUUAAGAUAUGCUGAAAGGGCUAAGAAGAUCCGGAACAAAGCCGUGGUCAACACCUCAACGCUGAUGAGAGAGUCGAGGACAGAGAACAACAAACUGCUGCUCGGAUGUGGAAACUCCAGCAUGGCAGGGCAGCCGGCCUGUCUGCUGGCCGAGCACGGGCUCGGGCCUCAUGCUGACCCGAUGAGCUGGGCGCACCAGCUGGAGCAGGCUCGGAAGGAGUGGCAGCAGCAAUACGUGGCCAUUGCCCGGGAGCGGCAGAUGACGGAGACCCUCCCUCACCUUCUCAACGUCAACGAGGACCCACAGCUCACUGGCGUCCUCAAGUACUUCAUUCAGCCUGGUUCAUGUGAUGCUGGUCAGGCUACUUCAAACGCCAUCACUCUUCACGGUUUGGGAAUUUCAGAAAAACACGCUUCCUUCACAAAUUUGGAUGGUAAAGUGACAGUCACGCCACACAGCAAAUGCAAGGUUGUCGUUAACGGGGUGCCCAUCACGACCGCGACGAAGCUGCAGCAUUUGGACCGAAUUAUUUUAGGCUCCAACAGUGCCUACCUCUACAUCGGGUUUCCCUCAGAGCGAGGCAGCGACGACUUGAGCAGAUUUGAUUACGACUUUUUCCAGCUGGAGAGAGCAGCUGCGGAGGGAGUGAGCGUGGACAAGCUCGGUGCUGUGAUCAGUGGAGAUGGGAAAGCAGACCCCAGUGUCCUGGCUGUGUUCCAGGACUACAUCAAACUGAUGCCACUGGUUGCAGAAGCAAAUCAAAUGAGUGAAGAGCUGGGGAAGGGACUUAAAAUGGAAUUGAAAGUGAAGAAUCUGGCUUUGUCAGAUUCCAGGGGCUACGACCUACAGAAAGAGGUCAUGGUGAAGGUGACCAAUCAGAGGACUCAUGAGGUGUGGAUUUGGUCAAAAGCCAAGUUUAUCAAUAGGAAAUUCCUAAUGGAGGAGCUUUACCAGCGCUUUCUAGAUGGAGAAGACAGCCACGUAGCUCAGGAAGAUGACCCUUUCUGGGAUCCUCUCGAGGUCAUCCACUUGGGCUCAGCUCACAUCUGGCUUCAGUCGCUUGCCUACUGCAUGAAGCUUGAGGAGCAAGUAGAGUUUCUGAACUGCGACGGGCUGGAGGAGGCAGUGUUGCAUAUCCACAUAAGCCCCUGCUCCCCGACAGGACAAGCAUGUGGUGAGGAGGAUGUGGUCAUUGACCCUUUGGAGCUGCUGGGCAAGAGGAUGGAUUUCCAGAUUCGCAUUGUGCGAUGCCUUGGCGCCAAGUGGCUAAAGGAAGACGCAGAGCGGGGUGUUCAGAUUGGGUACAGAAUUUAUGAUCUUCCAAACACUUUAUAUACCAAGCCUGUAUGGAAAACUGUGAAUCCCCAAAUUGAAGAGACUGUGCAAUUUACGGCCUUAAAUGCAUCUCAGGAGUUUCUGAAUUAUUUACAGACAAAUGCUCUCAUUGUUGAUUUAUGGGGUCUUCAAGAAGGCUGUGCCGAACGGAGCUGCUGUGAGCCAGACCUCAUGACCACAGGUGAAGGCCACAUCAUGGUGGACACCAAGAAAAUUUCCACCGUGAUGGAUACAGGCAAGAGUACAUCGAACCAGAUAUCAGAACUCUAUCUGAAGCUGCUCAAGUUAGAACAGGAGACAGAGCUCCUCAGAAACAUUAAUAGAGCGCUUAGAGAGGAAAAUGUGCUUCUCAAAGCAUCACUUGAGAAAACUGGAUCUAGUCAACAAGCACAUAAGCCUUCCAAUACCCUGAAGGUAACCGGGAUGACAGAGCAAUUGCCAGCAGCCAGAGAUAUUAAUCAAGUGUGCAGCCAGCAAGCCAGCUAUGACAGAGAAUUUGCCAAAGCUCUCAAGGUGUUCUACCAAAGCAUGAACAUGGCAAGAGGGCAGUUUCUCCGACUGAGACUUUAUAAACCUCCUGAAGACGAUCAAAUGCUUCGACCAUUUGUACACCAACAGUCACAAAUGCUAAAGGACUUUGGGGACCUACUUGAAUCCAGCUUGUGGAAACUGAAAAAUGAUGUUACUCUUAUAGUGAAAAAGAAGAGGGAAUGUUUACUGCGUGUCGAAUAAAGAAGAUACACCAACUGAAAACAUUUGAGCUGUGAAGAUUAUUUGUGCAGCUAAUGAGCUUAUUUAACUUGGCGAUCAGAGCUGAAUAGUGGACUCAACAUAUCCAACUCUUUCACUACUUACUCAACCUAAUUCUUCUACCAUUUUUAAGCAAAACUCCUCUCCUUCAAUCUGAUCUAAAAUCAUGUAAAAAUGAAUCUGUAUCCAGGGUGAAGGUGAGGUGGUUACUGGAGGUGAAUGGUUAGGGCUCUCAGUUCUGGGAUCGGACUGCCUGGAGUUAAAUCCAUCACUUCUCAAUUGUGUGAUUUGGGGCAAAAGAUGUGCCCUCUCUAAGCCUCUCCUUCCCUAUCUGUUAUAUGGAAAUAAGAGUACUUACUGCAGAUGGUUAAUGUAUACAAAGGAAUAUAAAGUGCUUAGAACAGUGCCUGGCACCCAGAGUCAAUCAAUAAGCAUUUGCCAUUAAUAUUU